AUGGGUCUUGCACCUGAAGACCUUGAAGGGAGUAUAUACGAGGUGGGUUGUUUCAGGUACACGUCGUUCGGAUACGGAUACAGAGAUUUUUUCGAAUUUCGUAGUGAUAACAUAUCGCCGAAUCACAUUUUUUAUUUUAAUUUCUACGUGAAAACCGUUAGCGAUGCACACAUAUUAUUAAAAAGCUCAGUUUCAGGUAACGAAAGCAUCGAAAUAGUCAUUGGUGGAGGUUCGAAUACGUUUUCACAAAUACGUUUGUUAAGAAACGAAGAUAAGAAAACAAUAUUGACGCAAAAAACGGAAAAUAUACUUUCGGAAAUAAAUUAUCGUAAAUUUUUAAUAUCCGUCGAUAAUCUCGGUAUCGUUUUCGUUAAAGAUGAAAAUGAUGUUUUUCUAAGUUGGAGAUUCGAUAAUUUAUUUCCGAUUAAAUAUUAUGCAUUCGGAAGUUGGACGAAUACAAAAGCGGAUUGGAAAUUCGGUUGCGAUAAAAAUACAGAAAUAAUACACGACGAUAGUCAAAUAACUCCAUUGCAAAAAUUAAAAAACGAUUUAUUUACUCUUUAUAAUCCUAAUACGAUGCCGAACGGUCCAAAGGAUGUGUUACAAGUCACGGCUGAAUUUCAUUUGGACAACAUUCACAUGAAAUGGAACGAUAACAAAAUGAAAUGGAAUCCGGAUAAUUACGACGGUAUCGAUCAUUUAUUUAUACCACCUUUUCAAAUAUGGACGCCAUACCUGAGAGUUUUAAACACUUUGAUAAUAGAAAAAACUCCAUUGUUUGAUUUGACGACGAGCGGAGUGAUCGUUACGCACGAUGGUUCGAUAUUUUGGCGUCCGCCAUUUAAAUCCGUGAGCUUUUGCGAAAUCGAUUUGAAAAAUUGGCCCUACGACACGCAUAAUUGUUCUGUUUUGAUCGGAUUUUGGAUGGAACCCCCGAAUUUGUUACUUUCCAUGUCCGUCGAUCAAAAAACGGUUGAUAAUACGAAAAUCGGUUCUGAAUGGGGAGUCGAAAGAGCGAGUUCAUUAAAUAACAAAAACGACGAUGAUGAUGAUAAUUAUGGUAUAUUGUACCUUGAAAUUCGAAGAAAUUCAGAAUCUCAGGUUUUGCUAUUAACAGUUCCUUGCAUGGCAUCCGACGUAUUAUCAUUAUCAUCUUUUUGGAUAUCAUUUAACAAUCCGAAUAAAUUUUAUUUGAGUUGCGGAAGCGUAAUAAUGUUACUCGUUUCACUUUUAUUAAUGGGACAAUCUAUUCCCACGAUGACUUUGGAAGUUCCUAAAAUAAGUGAGUUUUUCUUAAAAGAAGGCAGAGGAAAAAUAAAUUUGUAUUCUUGGAGCGUCGUAAUAGCAUGUUUUCCGAUUUUGGUUUUCGUCAUUUUGAAAAAUUUUACAAAAAGUUUAAAAUUAUCCGAAUCCAUGGAAAGAAUGUUGAAUAAUAAUUUUCUAGAUCGAUUUUGUUGUCUUCCCGAACUUCCUCUGGAUGUUUCCGAAUAUGGAAAUUUAAACGAAGAAACGAAUAAAAUGAGAGGAAACGAAAUCAAUUCAAUAAGAUUAAUAUCGAUAAUUGAAAAAAUUUUUUUUCUCAUUUACGUUUGUAUUUUAACCGUUCGAUACAUGCUAUUGUAA